GUUGGAAGACAAGAACCCCAAGUUGCGAACUUGGAAGUUGGGAGUUGCAGAGGGCCCUUGUUCCUGAAGCACCUUCCUUCCUAAUGCAGAUCACACUACUGCUACCUGCAGCUCGCUCCAAUGGAGUCGCAUCUGCAUCCUUGCCUUUUCCCCAUCUCCCUCGUCUCCCCCGUCGGACCAUCUCUUCCCACCACCAUGCUCUUUCCUUCUUCCCUCCCAAGUCGUCAGCCUCCUUAUCAUCUCUUCCUCUCCUUGAGUCGCGUAUCUCCUCUGCUCCCUUCUAUGUCUCCUACAACAGAAGCAGAACUGUUGCCUCCUCUCUCGUUUCCCCCUCCUUCCCUUCCCCCACUGAUGAAUCCGAAAAGGCUAAACUUGAUCAGGUUGCCAAGAGACUAGAGAGUACUUCCAGAUAUUUCAAGCGGUUGGGUAGUUUAGGGUUUUGGGGACAGCUGGUUUGUACUGUAGUUGCCGCUGUAAUUUUAUCCUUCUCCGUUGUCGUGACUGGGAAAAUUUCUUCGCCACCUACGUUCUAUUGUACUGCUGGAGGGAUAGCUGCCGCCUUCAUUUCCGUCUUUUGGUCCUUUGGUUACAUCCGUCUGUCGGAUAGGCUUCGUAAAACUGCCAGCGAGCCUUCAAAGGCUCCCCCUCGAGCUGAAGUUGUAAAGAGUUUGAAGAAUGGUAUAGUGUUGAAUCUUCUUGGAAUGGGUGCUGCGAUUCUCGGCAUGCAAGCUACAGUAGGGCUAUUAGUUGCAAAGGCCCUUACUUCCUCAGUAAAUCCUUACUCCCAGGGCAUCUCUCCUGGUUACAGUCCUGUGCUAGCUUUGGAUGUAUUCUUGGUUCAGGCCUCAGCCAACACCAUUCUUUCUCAUUUCUUGGGGCUUGUUUUCUCAUUGGAACUACUGCGGUCAGUGACAUUACCACCCGCAGAAGCCGCUCCAAUCCCGAGACUUGCUUAAGCUUCUACUAUUGCAUGGUGAAGGAAAUUCGAUCCAGAUCUGUAGAGGAAAUUUGUUUUUGGAUCCUGAUUUCGAGAUGAGGGAUGUUUUUUUGUUUUUUUUUGUGAGAUAUUAAUGUACUUUUGACUCAUUUACUCCCUCCCAAUUCAAGAUCUCAUUUCUCUUGUGU